GGCAAGGCUCGCCCUGGCUCUAACUCCUCCUGUCUCUCGGUGCUGCAGGUUGGUGGCUUUGCCUGGGAAAACUGCGGUGACAGGACGGACCCCGUGGUGCUGCAGAGCCUCUCCGUGGCGCCCGACCCCAUCAGCAUCCCAGGGAGCCUGCGUGUCAGCGCGGCCGUCAGCAGUGGCAAGACCAUGGCCCCCCCUCUGAAGGCGGUGCUGGUGGUGGAGAAGGCACUGGGAGACCUCUGGAUCCAGCUUCCCUGCAUUGACCAACUGGGCAGCUGCACCUACAACGAUGUCUGCAGCAUCCUCGACAACCUCAUUCCGCCCGGAACAACCUGCCCGGAGCCCCUGCUCACCUAUGGCAUCCCCUGCCACUGUCCCUUCAAAGCGGUACCCGUCAGCAGUGGUGGGGAGGAGCUCGGCUGCGUCAAGCUGGCCUUCUCCCUGCAGUCCCAGUGA